UACUCUUCCGUCGUUAUCAUACUCUCCUUCUACUUCUCCAUUCUUUUGUUCCAAGAGGAGGUGUCAAUACUUAUCAUAAUGUAUAUUUCAACGGCCCUCGUAUCACUUCUAGUUGCGUCCAGCACUACCCAAGCUCUCCAGCUCUCUGAUGUAUCCGCGAGUGCUUCUAAUGCCAUUUCGGAACUCAAGCGAGCGCCAAUCAUAUCAAACCUGAUAUCUCUCUUCAGUCGUCAGAAGGGAGGGUCAUGUCCCGCAGUAUGGUCCGAGAUCUCUGAGACUCUUACCGCACAGUUUCUUGCAGACGGUCAAUGUACGGACGCUGCUCGUGCUGCCAUUCGCGGCGCCUUCCACGACUGCUUCAAUGGCGCCUGUGAUGGAUCUCUUAUUCUCGCGGGCGAAUGCUCGAGAACGGAGAACAGAGGGCUUGAGCGAUUGUGUGACAACCUUGGUAAUCUCGCGUCUGAGAAAGACGUCGGUGUUGCUGAUCUGAUUCAAUUCGCCGGUGCCCACGCAAUCAAAACGUGUCCAGGAGGCCCCACGAUCCCCGUCAAAGUCGGGCGCAAAGACUCCAGCGAACCCAAUCCCGAAGGUGUCCUCCCCUCGGCCAAUGCGUCCGCCAGCGACCUGAUGCGCUUGUUCGGAAGCAAAGGAUUCUCUCCUAUCGACCUCGCCGCGCUCGUUGGCGCUCACACGGCCGGAAGACAGCGAACUGUCGAUCCUACCCAGGCCGGCGCUACGUUUGACUCGACUCCAGGGCAGUGGGAUAACAAGUUCUACACGGAGACGCUGAAGAAGGAGGCACCUUUCACCAUCCCAGCGGACAGGAAUCUGGCAGACCACCCAGUGACUGGCUUAACCUUCAAGGCAUUCUCUCUCAGUCAGGCAGCCUGGGCUAUCGCGUUCGUGCCUGCAAUGACCAAGAUGAGCAUGAUUGGUGUCAGUGGCUCCUUAACGGAUUGCACUUCUGCUCUUCCGGGUGGAAGUAGCAAGAGGGACGUUCGGGCUGCUCCAUUGUUUGAUCGCACGUAAUGUAAUCUCUCUUUUGAUGGUUUCUCUUCAAAGAGCUUCUUUCUUCUUUCUUUCAAGAUAUUCAAGUAACGCAUCUUCUUGGCCUGUGUAUCUGAUUCCGGCGUAUAUAAGGCGUUGUGGGAUGGUAGACGUGCAACAUGAUUGUGACGUAGUAGGAGCUAUUGCGUACAAUCGGAUGGUACUACCAGUCAGGACACCCAGGGUUAAUACAUGGUCAGUAAGGUUGGUCUGGCGUAUUAGCAUUUCAGCGGUCGCUACGGUGGAUUUGGAAAGUCAUCAAUCUACAAUCUUCGUUCAAAAAUCGAAACAUUUUCCUCUGAUUUGU